UCUUCAUCAUCUCUAUCAGAGAAAUCAAUCAGUAGUAUAUCAAAAGGAUACUCUCCUUUUGCGCUCGCCAGCUUUCGUCGCCGGCGCUCUCUAUCUCAAGAUCAAAGACUAGAGGAAGAGUUGAGAUUCAGCCAUGAGUAAGCUUCAAAGCGAUGCAUUGAGAGAAGCUAUCACUCAAAUUAGCAGUGAUUCAAAAGAAAAAAAGAGGAACUUCACUGAGACAAUUGAACUCCAGAUUGGUUUGAAGAAUUAUGAUCCUCAGAAAGAUAAACGUUUCAGUGGUUCUGUAAAACUUCCCCACAUUCCUCGUCCCAAGAUGAAAGUCUGCAUGCUUGGUGACGCCCAACAUGUUGAAGAGGCUGAGAAAAUGAGUCUUGAAUAUAUGGAUGUUGAAAGUCUGAAGAAACUAAACAAGAACAAGAAGCUAGUUAAGAAGCUAGCAAAGAAAUAUCACGCGUUUUUGGCAUCAGAAGCUGUUAUCAAACAAAUUCCCCGUCUUUUGGGUCCUGGUCUUAACAAGGCAGGAAAGUUUCCAACACUUGUCAGUCACCAAGAAUCACUUGAAUCUAAAGUGAAUGAAAUCAAAGCUACUGUAAAAUUCCAACUUAAGAAGGUUCUCUGCAUGGGGGUUGCGGUUGGAAACCUCGGAAUGGAAGAAAAGCAAAUAUUUCAGAACGUUCAAAUGAGCGUCAAUUUCCUAGUUUCUCUGUUGAAGAAAAACUGGCAAAAUGUGAGGUGCUUGUACUUGAAGAGCACCAUGGGGAAACCAGUCCGGAUCUUUUAAGGAGCUCUUUUUAAUUAUUCAAUACUUUUGCUGUCUUUUCACAUGUUCUUUAAUGUUUUGUGUUCUAACUAAUGUAGUUUUUUUUUCAAAAAUUAUGAUUGUUCUAUUCUUGAUUCUGUUUUGACUUAUUUAUUGGACAUGAAAAGAAUACUAAAG